AUGUCCGAGUACCCAGCUCGCCAACACGCCCCUCGCCCGGUGGCCCGUGGCCCGAUGGUGUUCGGCGAGCUAUCCCAGGAGAUCACUUGUGCUCAUUGUGGAAAGACGGGAUUCACCCGCGUUGAGCGCGAGGCUGGUACUUGCGCCUGGGUCAGUGGAUGUCUGAUGUUCUGGACGGCUGCCUUCUGCCUGUGCAGUUGCCUCCCCUGUUGCAUGGACGCAUUCCUCGACGCCCACCACCACUGCUCCAAGUGCGGCCAGCUCGCCGGGGUGUACAAGAAGAUG